AUGCCGUCUCGCCGGAAAAACAAAAGAAACGCCGACAUUAACCAAAUCGAACCGAUUUUGGAGCCGAAGGUGUCAUUAAUUUUUUGAGAAUUGCUCAGGAAAACUUUUUCAGAGAAGUGGGAAAAUAAAAACGUCGGAACCGAACAAAGAAGCUUUGUUGGAAGGUAGGCAAUCACAGUCGUCAAUUCCAACCUUUAAAUUUUUUUCCAACAGUCGACCUGAUUUCAAGACUGUUCAGCUGUUGAUUUUCAACCGUUAGACCAAUUCAAUCACUCAACUGUUGAAAAAUUUUUGGGUUGAAAAAAAAACCGUUCAAUGUUAAAUUUUGACGACUGUACAAGCAAUUAUUCCAUAAAAAAUUGAGUUUUAUUUUCAGUUUUUGCUGUUCAAAAGAAGGAAAAUACUUGUGUGGACGACCUGAAAGUUAAAGGUUUGUCAAAUACAAUUUUCGCGAGAAAAAAAAGCUUUGUGCAGUUGCAAAAGACACGAAAGGGGUACCGUCCAAAAGAAAGAAGAAAAUAGGAGGCGAGGAAAACAAAAUUCAGAAAGAAAUGAGAGAAUCCAUUGGAAAGAAGGUUUCUUUUUCAAAAUUUGCUUAGAGAUAUUCGUUUUCUUUUUUUUCAAAAAUAUGAAUUUAACGGAAACACGUUUUCAGGUUCUCGACUCUGUCAAAAAGUCUAAAAAACUACUUGGAGUUCAUGCCAGCGCUGCAGGUUCUUUUUGAAAGAUUUUGUUUUACAUAUUACGCUAAGUUGUCAAAAACCCAUUUUUCAACUCUUAUAUACUUUGAUUACUUUUCGAGGAGGACUUGAGCAGGCGAUCUUCAACGCUCGGGCAGAAGGUUGUCAAUCGUUUGCCCUGUUUCUCCGCAACCAACGACGUUGGGAUUCGAAGCCGCUCGAAGAAGAAGUCGUCGUCAACUGGUGGAAGGCCAUCAAGGCAUUUCUCAGUUGAUACUCAAUUUGACUCGUUUUUUUUGCCAGGAAACUCAGUUUCCCUUAGAAAGAGUUGUUCCACAUGGAUCUUACUUAAUGAAUCCAGGUUCUUACGACGAACAGACUUUGACUAAGGUUCGAGGUUUGUACUCUAACAAUCUUGUUCAUUUUUCUUUCAGACUCGUGUCGCCAUGUUGGAAGAAUGCCAGAGAGCCGAGAAGCUCGGAAUAACAUUGUACAAUUUCCAUCCUGGUUUGUAGCUUAGAGAUAAAGGGCUGGGGAUUUGAAAAAAAAUAUUUUCCGCCUGGUCAUUAGUCUUUCAAUAUUCAGGAUCUUCUGUUGGCAAAUGUACUACUGAGGAAUGCAUAGCCAGAUGUGCCGAAACAAUCGACUACGUUGUCGAAAGGACAGAAAAUGUGAUUAUGGGUUGGAAUUCCUCUUUUUUGUAAUAUUAGGUAUCGUAGAAUAACACGGGCACAGAACAGUCUGGAAAACUGAGCCGCGAAUGAAAAAGAACUUGAAAAAUAUAACAAAAUCCCCCAGAAAAGUGUGCCAAAACUUUCGAGCGAGCCAAGAGUUUCUCACACUUAUUAGACUGAGGUUUAGGUUUUUUCAUAGUGUGGAAAGUGUCUGUUACGCCUUAUUUUUAUUUUACUUUUGCGGUUCUAUGUAUUUUUUUUUUCACAGCUAGCCUUUUUCUUCACAUCUGGGGAGCUAUUUUAUGGUGACUAGGAACAUUUCAGUUGUUGAAACGAUGGCCGGACAAGGGAAUACGAUUGGUGGAAAGUUUGAGGAGCUAAGGGAUAUCAUUGACAAGGUUAUCGUGAAAAAAGCUUAACACUGCUUUUUUUAAAUUUCUAUCUAAUCUAAUAACGAACAAAAGGUUCAGGUCAAAAACAAAGAUCGAAUUGGCGUUUGUAUUGAUACAUGUCACAUUUUUGCAGCCGGUCGGACCCAAGCUUCAAUAUUCUAACUUUUUAUCUUUUUAAGGCUACGACAUAAGAAAAAAAGAAUCGUAUGACGAUACUAUGAGAAAGUUUGGCGAGAUUGUCGGGUUUGAAUAUCUCAAAGCAAUUCAUCUCAAUGAUUCUAAAGGUUAUCUCUUCAUCUCAAAGUUAUUUUUUUAGAAGAAGGAUGUAUUUCUCUGUAAUGAAGUAGAAAAAUUAGAAAAAAAGUUUGUCAUCUAACUAUAGGACCUUUUUUUGGCCCCCGGUUGAACUUUUGAUGAAACUUGUCUGAAAUGCCUUUUAAGAUAUCCUAUGUCAGAAAAAGAAAAAAAAAUUAUCGCUCUUAUUUCCGAGUUAUGAAGCUUCGAAGUUUGUAAAAAUACACUAAUUAUUACAAAAAAAGCGCUAAUUUGAACUUUUUGGAACGUCUUUACUCGAAAAUCAGAUUUAUUGCAAAAAAUUUUUUUCUUGUUCUGACAAUAGUCCUCAAAACACUCCAGCAAAGUUUCACCGAAGUUUCAACCGGGAGCUAAAAAACGUUCCCUAGUUAGACACAAUAAUUACUUGUUUAGGAGCAGAAAAAAUAAAUGUCAGCGUAUAGGACGUUAAAAAUCUUAACACGGAUAAUUUUCAGCGGACUUGGGUUCACACUUGGACCGGCAUGAGAAUAUUGGGAAAGGAAAGCUCAAGGAAGAGACUUUUUCCCAUUUCAUGAACGACACGAGGCUAGACGGAAUUCCGAUGAUUUUAGAAACACCCGAGGGCAUGUAUCCGGAGGAGAUGAUUCUUCUUUACGAACUUGACAAUAACUGA